AUGGACGUGAAUAGCAGUAGAAUUCGAAGUAGCAGCAGAAGUAUAUGUAGUAAUAAUAAUAGUAGUAGCAACAGCGGUAGUAUUGGUAAUAACAGUAGAAUUAGUAGUAACAGAAGUAGCAGCAGCAGUAGUAUACGUAGUAAUAAUAAUAGUAGUAGCAACAGCGGUAGUAGUGGUAAUAAUAAUAAAAUUAGUAGUAACAGAAGUAGCAGCAGUAGCAGUAGUAGUAGCAGCAGUAGUAUACGUAGUAAUAAUUAUAGUAGUAGCAACGGCGGUAGUAGUGGUAAUAAUAGUAGAUUUAGUAGUAACAGAAGUAGCAGUAGUAGCAGCAGCAGCAGUAGUAUACGUAGUAAUAAUUAUAGUAGUAGCAACGGCGGUAGUAUUGGUAAUAACAGUAGAAUUAGUAGUAACAGAAGUAGCAGCAGCAGUAGUAUACGUAGUAAUAAUAAUAGUAGUAGCAACAGCGGUAGUAGUGGUAAUAAUAAUAAAAUUAGUAGUAACAGAAGUAGCAGCAGCAAUAGCAGUAGUAGCAGCAGCAGCAGUAGUAUACGUAGUAAUAAUUAUAGUAGUAGCAACGGCGGUAGUAUUGGUAAUAACAGUAGAAUUAGUAGUAACAGAAGUAGCAGCAGCAGUAGUAUACGUAGUAAUAAUAAUAGUAGUAGCAACAGCGGUAGUAGUGGUAAUAAUAAUAAAAUUAGUAGUAACAGAAGUAGCAGCAGUAGCAGUAGUAGUAGCAGCAGUAGUAUACGUAGUAAUAAUUAUAGUAGUAGCAACAGCGGUAGUAGUGGAGAAGUAGCAGCGGCAGCAGUAGUAGUGGCAGUAGUAGUGGCAGAUUCGGCAACAAUAAAAGUAGUGACAGCAAGUAGUAAUAGUAGUAGUAGUAGUAGAAGCAGCAGCAGUAUCAGAAGCAGCAGUGGCUGCAGCAGAAACGUUAUACGGAACGAGCUUUAUCCCGCGUCACAAUACAUAACUGCCUGGGGUUCAUGCUAA